AAAAAAGUUCACCUUGGACUCGUCUUUUUCUUGCAAUAUUUUUUUUGGGGGGCAAAACUUUUUGGGGGUGAUUUUUUUUUUUUUUGGCUUUUCUUCCUCCUUCAUUUUUCUUCCAAAAUUGCUGCUGGUGGGUGAAAAAAAAUGCCGCAGCUGAACGGCGGUGGAGGGGAUGACCUAGGCGCCAACGACGAACUGAUUUCCUUCAAAGACGAGGGCGAACAGGAGGAGAAGAGCUCCGAAAACUCCUCGGCAGAGAGGGAUUUAGCUGAUGUCAAAUCGUCUCUAGUCAAUGAAUCAGAAACGAAUCAAAACAGCUCCUCCGAUUCCGAGGCGGAAAGACGGCCUCCGCCUCGCUCCGAAAGUUUCCGAGAUAAAUCCCGGGAAAGUUUGGAAGAAGCGGCCAAGAGGCAAGAUGGAGGGCUCUUUAAGGGGCCACCGUAUCCCGGCUACCCCUUCAUCAUGAUCCCCGACCUGACGAGCCCCUACCUCCCCAACGGAUCGCUCUCGCCCACCGCCCGAACCCUCCAUUUUCAGUCCGGCAGCACACAUUACUCUGCGUACAAAACGAUUGAACACCAGAUUGCAGUUCAGUAUCUCCAGAUGAAAUGGCCACUGCUUGAUGUCCAGGCAGGGAGCCUGCAGAGUAGACAAGCCCUCAAGGAUGCCCGGUCCCCAUCGCCGGCACACAUUGUCCAGAGCCCCCUCCCUUGCUGCACUCAGGGACAUGACUGUCAGCACUUCUACCCCCCCUCAGACUUCACUGUCAGCACUCAAGUCUUCAGGGACAUGAAAAGGAGCCACUCCUUACAAAAAGUUGGGGAGCCCUGGUGUAUUGAGUCGAACAAAGUGCCAGUGGUGCAGCACCCUCACCAUGUCCACCCCCUCACGCCUCUUAUCACGUACAGCAAUGAACACUUCACGCCGGGAAACCCACCUCCACACUUACCAGCCGACGUAGACCCCAAAACAGGAAUCCCACGGCCUCCGCACCCUCCAGAUAUAUCCCCGUAUUACCCGCUAUCGCCUGGCACCGUAGGACAAAUCCCCCAUCCGCUAGGAUGGUUAGUACCACAGCAAGGUCAACCAGUGUACCCAAUCACGACAGGAGGAUUCAGACACCCCUACCCCACAGCUCUGACUGUCAAUGCGUCCAUGUCCAGCUUUCUGUCUUCUAGGUUCCCUCCCCAUAUGGUCCCACCACAUCAUACGCUACACACGACGGGCAUUCCGCAUCCGGCCAUAGUCACACCAACAGUCAAACAGGAAUCGUCCCAGAGUGACGUCGGCUCACUCCAUAGCUCAAAGCAUCAGGACUCCAAAAAGGAAGAAGAAAAGAAGAAGCCCCACAUAAAGAAACCUCUUAAUGCAUUCAUGUUGUAUAUGAAGGAAAUGAGAGCAAAGGUCGUAGCUGAGUGCACGUUGAAAGAAAGCGCGGCCAUCAACCAGAUCCUUGGGCGGAGGUGGCACGCACUGUCCAGAGAAGAGCAAGCGAAAUACUAUGAGCUGGCCCGGAAGGAGCGACAGCUUCAUAUGCAGCUGUACCCCGGCUGGUCCGCGCGGGAUAACUAUGGAAAGAAGAAGAAGAGGAAAAGGGACAAGCAGCCGGGAGAGACCAAUGAACACAGCGAAUGUUUCCUAAAUCCUUGCCUUUCACUUCCUCCGAUUACAGACCUGAGCGCUCCUAAGAAAUGCCGAGCGCGCUUUGGCCUUGAUCAACAGAAUAACUGGUGCGGCCCUUGCAGAUGCAAAUACUCCAAAGAAGUGUCGGGCACUGUUCGGGCUUGACCGACAGACUUUAUGGUGCAAACCGUGCAGUCUUUGAAUUUGGAAUAUUAUGAUGGUAGGUAUUUCAACACCCCAAACACGCUUCCCUGUUUGUAGUGCCUCCCUCGUCACGUGUCCCUCCCCUUCAUGACUUUGCCAUGUGCUCCGUGUUUAGACGUUAGAUCAGAUGUGCAUCCCAUUACGUGCAUGCCCACGAGUCUCCUGUGUCUCUUCCCCCCUUUUCUGAUGCCAAUACGAGAGAUCGGUGAAGUGCCUCAUGUUGACCCCAGCACAUUAGAGGAGAAAGGUCCUGAGAGUCGUCCCUGAGAGGGAGCCACACAGACAGCCCUCCGCCCAUAGGAGAGGAAUCCCCAGGCAUUCUGUGAGAUGGGAGUGUUCACAGAGCUGACAAAUGUCCCUUUGACACAGUCCUGGGGUCUUCUCUGCACAGCAGAAAGGAGUUUUGUGACAAAGUUGAUGGAGGAGGUUAGGUAUUUAAUGAGGACGAGCCAGGGAGGGCAGGGACUCUGUUGAGCAGUGAAUUUGUCAACAUUUUACUUGUACCAGGUGGGAAGAUAACUAGCUGUGGAAGCCUGUUCUGAGAUGCCCUGCCAUGGCCAAAUGACUGGUGAACCACAAGGGUCACUAAAAGAGAGGGUUUCUCAUGAUGUGUAGAAAUAUACAACUGACACUAUUGUGUGUGCCUCACAGUAAGGCCGGUUCAGGUACCUGGUUGGUUUAUUUUAUUAAUGGGGUGAGUGGUGGUUUAUGAAUCCUCUUUUUUUGUUUUGGAAGCAGUUGCUGCAAGUCAGACUUUUUGUUUCUUGAAGUUAUUCCUAACAUUGACCCAAACGCACGUCCCCCAUUUGGACAUAGCUUACACCUUGCUUACAGCUUGGGUGUAUCUUCAGAGCCCAGAAUUUUAUUGAUAUAUUAAAAAAAAAAAAAAAAAUCUGCCAACCCAAAACGUUUGUAGCUGCUUCCUGUUUGAGCAGCAUGGUUUUCUAAAAUGCAUCUUGGAGGGGCUGUCAGUGUGGCAGAUGCUGAGCUCCUGGUCCUAGGUGCCAGAGUUCCCCAGGUCCCCGUCUCCACCUGGUUUUCUUUCCAGUCUCAGCAGUGUUCAGACUUUCCCGGCAGACGUUUGUCUUCGUUGGUGACUUUUCCAUACCAUGGAAUGAUGAGCAAAUGCAUUUCUGCUGUCUUUGAGGGACGUUAUUCCAAAACAGGAUCAGGAAAAACCUUGAGUUUCCUUCCAGAAGAAAUAAGAAGCUAGAAAGGGGUUUUUAAGAGGCCACUCUGAAUCGAGGUGAAGCCUAGGUUGGGAGUGCUAAGAGUAUGGGUUACCUUCUCCCUUUUGCUCAACUUUUCCUUUUAACGUGGCUGUGGCCACCCCUGGCUUGAUGCUGAAACCCAAGGACAAAAUGUACUUUAAAAAAAAAAAAAGGGAAAAAAAAAGAAAAAAAGUUGCCAACUGAGGCAUUUUCUGACUUGUCAGAAGUGUGUGUGCGUGCCAGCUGCCCUGUGCUCAGCCACCUUAGAAGACCCAUCGCUCUGUCGCCAUAGUCUUCAUGUCCCGUGUUGCAGAUGCCCCUCUCAUUCCUGUGAUCUGGAAACUUCCACGUCAUGAGGGUGGGAGGGGUGAGGAAAGUACCAGAACGCUCCUAGCCAAUCAGGGCUCCUAGCUUGCCACACAAGGUUUCUAGUUUUAUUUGACAUUUGUGGACAUUUUAACAAGAUGCUGUUUUGAGCCCACCAAGUUGCUUUUCCCAUCUUUUCACUCUGCCCUAAUAUAGCAUGGAAUGCUGCUUGGUGCCGUUCCCUUGUCUUCCUGGUUGUUCUCCCCACUUCUUUCCUUCUCCCUUUCCUUUCCUCUCUCUGUUUUUCUCUGUUGCUUUCUCAGUUUUGCUUAUGCGCCCCCCCCCCACCUCCUUUCCUUCUCCCAUUUUUAAAAUGCAUGGACAUCUUAGUUUUUUGAGCAUGUUUUGAUCUGCAGGCUAAGGUGGUUUAAAACUCUGAGAGGCUUAAUUAUUUAUCUUGGUUUCUGGGAUGGAAGCAGAACCCAUAGUCUAUUUACUCUCUCCCAGGGAGAAAAAGGAACCUUGCCAAAUUGAGGGUGACAGGGGGUGGUGCUUGCUCCCCUAGAGUUCCUUCUGACCCAGAGGGAACAGACAGACACCUGAGGCCACUAGCCCCCAUGAAUCUCAGCCUCUGGGAGGCAGGGAGGACUGAGCAUGCUCCCUUAAACCCCUCCCCUCCUUCCCUGCCUUCCUGCCAUCUUGCUGAGUCCAAACCCCAUGCACACAGGGGCAGGAUCAGACAGCUCUGGGGCACAGACCGAGAGGAGGAACUCAGCACACCCUUCCUUUCCAAGGCCAGUGACAUUGUCUGACAGUGGUUGCCUUCAAGCAGGCAGCAUCUUGGUUGCUUCCAGCAGCAGAAAGCUGGCCAGCGCUUACACACGUGUUUCUGGUUGGAGUGUUAUCAGCCAUGGUUCUGACAAUAUUCUAGGGUCCUUAGAUGAGCACACUUCCUGUAUCUGCAUUAUUUUUAUAGCAUUAGUGGGGUUGAUCCCCAGGCUCACCUUUGCUUACCAAAUACCAUCCCAUCAGACUGGGAUUAAUGGGAGGAGAAGCUUUGAAGUCACAUGCUCAAUUUCUUGAGUUGAUUUUCCCCGACCUCAUCCUUUGAUGCUAAGCAAGAAAGGUUCUGAAAUUCUCAUUCCUAUUUCUUACAUGAAUGAGUAGUGAAGAGGGGAGAUGCUGGUUUUGGUGUAGGGCAAAAUUAGUCUUUCUGGUUUAAACACGCACGAUAACCCAAACCCAGGAAGGUCCAUGCUGCGAUUCCCUGGCACUUCUUCUUUGUUGUCACUUUGGUGACCGGCUUGUGCUGCACCCUCCAUUGACUGGCCUCGGCAUAUUGACAAGGGCAGGAUGCCCCUCCAUCCAUCCCAUCCUCACCAUCUCUCCUUCCAACCUUCUCACUACGGGGUGGGGGAGGGGAAAGCCCCAAAUCUUAAAAAAAAAAAAAGUAAAAAAAAUCAAGUUUGAAUCUUAAUUUAAUCCACAACCUGCAGGCCAUACAACCAGUUAUUCUUGUUCCUUUGAAUCAUUUUCUGUUUUUCUUAUUCUUCCCCUUCCCCCACCUUUGUUUAUCCUCUUCUACCUGUUUUUGGUGAUUUCUUUUUUUUGUUUGUUUUUUGUUUUUUUUUUUUGUUUUUUUUUUAAAGUUUAUUUUGUUUUAUUUUUGUUUCCCUUCCUCCCUUCUCACCUGAUUCUGACCUCUCUUGAUUUGGUGUGGUUCUUAACAGACAAGCCCGAAAGCUCUCUGGGCGCCAGCAGCCUCAUGGUGGUGGUGUGUUAAAACCUUUAAGCCUCUUGCUAGCGCUGCCUUCAGCUAUGUGGGCUCAACAGUGAGCAUUUUGAGAGUUUCAUAUUGAUACGAGGCGGCUGGGGAAGGAGCUCUGUCUUUCUCUUUUAAACACACACACACUCACACACAGACAUCACUGGGGGAUGGGGGUGGUAGUGGUGGGAAUGGGGUUGAAGGGCCGAGGAAACUUGAUGGGAAAGUGAGGGACUGUCUAAGCCAAAAGAGCUUUUCAGUUCAUGUCAAUUUGGACAAAGCCACUUGCUGGCAAAUAGAUGCCACUGUCUGCAGGUGGCCACCUCCAUGCUGCUCUCGUACAUUUGGGCAGGGUGGGGCCGUGGGUGUUUAGUAGGGGUUGGGGGAAGCAGGUAGAGAGUUCAGACUCUUUAAAUAUGUGGUUUACCAGAACAGGCUUAGAUCUGGGCACCGUGAAGUGAGCGACCCAGCCCCGGGGGGGCGCCACCGUAAUUGUCCUCAGACCAUUGGGCAUGACACCUCUGUGUGACAUCCCUUAGGUGACCUCAGCUUGGGUGUGAGCAUUAGGUAACUCUCUCCCUUGGCAUCUGUGCCCUCUAUUCACAGAUAACUCUCUCCCCUGUUUCUAGGAGAAAAAAAAAGUGCGUUCGCUACAUACAAGGUGAAGGCAGCUGCCUCAGCCCACCCUCUUCAGAUGGAAGCUUACUAGAUUCGCCUCCCCCCUCCCCCAACCUGCUAGGCUCCCCUCCCCGAGACGCCAAGUCACAGACUGAGCAGACCCAGCCUCUGUCGCUGUCCCUGAAGCCCGACCCCCUGGCCCACCUGUCCAUGAUGCCUCCGCCGCCCGCCCUCCUGCUCGCCGAGGCCACCCACAAGGCCUCCGCCCUCUGUCCCAAUGGGGCCCUGGACCUGCCCCCAACCGCUUUGCAGCCUGCCGCCCCCUCCUCAUCAGUUGCACAGCCGUCGACUUCUUCCUUACAUUCCCACAGCUCCCUGGCCGGGACCCAGCCCCAGCCGCUGUCGCUCGUCACCAAGUCUUUAGAAUAGCUUUAGCGUCGUGAACCCCAGUUGCUUUGUUUAUGGUUUUGUUUCACUUUUCUUUAUUUGGCCCCCCUCCCCCCCACCUUGAAAGGUUUUGUUUUGUACUCUCUUAAUUUUGUGCCACGUGGCUACAUUAGUUGAUGUUUAUCGAGUUCAUUGGUCAAUAUUUGACCCAUUCUUAUUUCAAUUUCUCCUUUUAAAUAUGUAGAUGAGAGAAGAACCUCAUGAUUCUACCAAAAUUUUUAUCAACAGCUGUUUAAAGUCUUUGUAGCGUUUAAAAAAUAUAUAUAUAUACAUAACUGUUAUGUAGUUCGGAUAGCUUAGUUUUAAAAGACUGAUUAAAAAACAAAAAGAAAAAAAAAGAAGCAAUUUUGAAGCAGCCCUCCAGAAGGAGUUGGUUCUGUAUUAUUUGUAUUAAAUACGAGCUUGCGAACCAAUCAUUUUACAUCUGGUUUUUAAACCGUAAGGGCACCACGAAUGCAGUGCCAUUACUUUUUUGUUUUUUUUUUCUGUGUGAAACAACUUUUAUUGUGAUGUUACUUGUUAUUGUUUAAAUGUACAGAAACAAAGGGUAAAAAUGUGUUAAUAUACCUUGUUCCAUGGUGGUGUUCUUUUGGGGGGAGGGGAUGCUACUCAACACUUAAUAGAAUCACAAUGCUGUUGGGCCAGUAGUAUUUAUUGCUUUAGAGAUUGCUUGUCGUACCUGUAUGUCGUCCCUUUUUAAAUAUGUUUUCCUUUUUCUUGAAACUGUAUAAAGUUUUUUUUCCCCCUUAGCAUAAGCAUCUUAUAUAUAACAACUCAUUUGUACAAGGUUUUUAAGUUUAUAUAUAAAAUGUGUAUAUAUAUUUUUGUUUCCCUUUUUGACUUUUUUUUUUUUUUUUUUUUUUUUGCUGUAUGAAACCCAGUUGUCACCAAAUGGACAUUAAUAGUUGCAUUAAGGAUCAGUAGCAUUAACAAAAGUUGCUUUAAAAGCCAUUAUGUGAAACAAGACUUGAAAAUGAGUGAGGGAAUUUUAGCGACACUGUCUGAGCAGCAGUGGGAACCAUCUUUUUCCCCUUUGAACUCCCAGUGGGAUGCCCUACCCUGCGCCCUUAGGGCCUGGACUGACCGUGUGCAGAACUUUACGUGCCAAAAUUCUCAGUGAAUUUAGCUUUCUCCCUCUUUUUGAUGCUGUAAUUUUUGUUCAUCAUGUUUUGCUGUGAUGUUACAUAGGUAGAUUUGUAUGUAGUUUUAAUGUCACCUAUAACAAAAUGUGUUUGGUAGCAGAUUGUCCAGAAAGCAUUUUAAAUGAAGAGGUAUAAACCCUUAAGGGCCAAAAUUCUGUAUAUUAGAUUACUCUUACACGAAAAACCGGCUGCCGCUUUUAUGUACACAUAUUACAUACGAGUAGGCAGCAGACUUUAAAACUAAAAAAAAUCUAGGCAUGUUGAUGUUGCAGACUGCUGUAUAAAGCUGAAACCUGUUCAUUCAGUGCCAUUGUAGUUGACAUGAAGCGAUUGUAAACCUGUCUCCGAUUUUUCUCUGGUUUAUUAAAAUGCUAACUAUAACAUUUUUUGUGAAUACUUUGAAUGUUUCCUAACAGUUGUGAUGUUACUGUUCCGUUUUAUGCUCUUAUUCCAAGUUCAUUUUUAAUGGUUUGGAAGCCAUUUUUGUAAUGAAUAAAUGUUCAUGCUGUACAGUAUCUGUAGCAUGCCGUUCUGGAUUAAUAAAAGCAACUUAGUCUGUGCAGAUAAA